CUCCAACCGUUGCUUCCCAAAGCAUUUUCACUGUUUAUGGGUGUUUCUUUAAUGUCAACCAAGUGACCAACUACAUGCAUUGUCAGACUAGUACAUUGUAAAUCAGUCCCUAGAAGAUAACACAUUCCCCUACUAGUCUUGCAGUACUUCUUUCACUACUCCCCAGAAUUCCCAAAAGCUUCAAUCUUUAUUCUUCAGUCUUCAUCAUCAUGCUACCCAGAAGCAAAAGCCGCUUGCUUUUUACAUUGGUCACUUUUUUAAGUUGCUUAUUCAGCUUGUUAAGAUUUGCUGAGUCUGAGGUUCCCCAAGAUGAAAUUGAUGCUCUGGAAGAAAUUACUAGGACAAUGGGAGCUAAGUAUUGGAAGUUCAAUGGUGGUUCUUGCCAAAUUGAAAUGGUUGGGGUAACCAUGGAGCCGCCAAAGGAAGCUGAGAGUAGCGUUGAAUGUGAAUGCAACAACACUGUCUGUCACGUCGUAAAGCUAGGACUCAAGAGGUUUAGUCUACCGGGCACGCUUCCACCUCAACUGGUGAAACUUCCUUAUCUUAGAGAAAUUGAUUUGGUUUACAAUUAUCUUAGUGGUUCAAUACCGCCAGAAUGGAGUUCAAUGCAAUUAACUUCAAUCUCCCUUCUUGUAAAUCGCUUAUCAGGGGAGAUUCCAGAGGAGCUGGGAAAUAUUACCACUCUCACAUACCUGAGUCUUGAAGCAAAUCAAUUCUCUGGAGUUGUUCCUCCUCAGCUUGGGAGUUUAAUCAACUUGGAAAGUCUGAUAUUGUCCUCCAAUUAUUUGACUGGAAACAUACCAAAGACAUUCGCUGGGCUAAGAAAUUUAACAGACUUUAGGAUAAAUGAUAACAACUUCAAUGGGGCUAUACCUGAUUUUAUACAGAAUUGGAAACAACUCGAUAGAUUAGAAAUACAUGGCAGUGGGCUUCAUGGACCUAUCCCAUCAAACAUAUCUCUCCUGAGUAAUUUAGUUGAGUUGAGGAUUAGUGAUAUAAAUGGAACAGAGCAGGAUUUUCCUAUGUUGAAAAACAUGACUGGCCUAGUCAGAUUGAUUCUGAGAAACUGUAACAUUUCUGGUGAGAUCCCUCCUUACCUAUGGACACUGCAGAACCUGGAAAUGUUGUAAGUAAAGCUUGCGAAGAUAAGAUAUUGAUUACAUGUGAUGUAUCAUGACCGUAAAUGGACGUUGAUUAUAUUUUUGUAUGGUGAUAGGGAUGUAAGUUUUAACAAGUUGAUAGGGAAAAUUCCAACGACAAUCAGCUUACAGCGUUUGAGAUUCCUAUUCUUAACUGGCAACUCUCUGAGUGGAAGUGUACCAGACUCAAUCUUCAAAGAUGGAAGCAAUGUUGAUCUUUCGUACAAUAACUUCACAUGGCAAGGCCCUGAGCAACCUGCUUGUCAGGAGAACAUGAAUCUAAACCUGAACUUGUUUCGAAGCUCUUCAUCAGAGAGCAACUUAAUGAGAGGUCUUCCGUGCUUGAAGAAUUUGAUUUGUCCUCGUUAUUCGACUUGUUUGCAUGUAAAUUGUGGUGGGAAUGACAUUACCAUCAAAGAAAAUAAAGAAAGCAUUUUGUAUCUAGGAGAUGGAGGAGUUGAAGGUGGCGCUGCAGAGUAUUUCUUCAAUGACGAUCAUUAUUGGGGAUUUAGUAGCACCGGAGACUUCUUGGAUGACAACGAUUUCCAAAAUACACGAUACUCUUUAUCUCUGGCAUCUUCGAAUCACUCUGAAUUAUAUACAACGGCACGCAUAGCUCCAAUUUCAAUCACUUAUUUUCAUUACUGCUUAGAAAAUGGUGACUAUACUCUAAGUCUGCACUUCGCGGAGAUACAGUUUACAAAUAACCAAACAUUCACAACUCUUGGGAGGCGCAUAUUUGAUAUCUAUAUUCAGGAUAAACUAUGGUGGAAGGACUUCAAUAUUGAGGACCAGGCCAAGUUGGCUGAAACUCCAGUAGUAAUACAACAUAAUAUAAGUGUGACAAAUAAUGUCUUAGAGAUCCGAUUCUAUUUUGCGGGUAAAGGGACAACUAGGAUUCCUGACAGAGGAGUUUAUGGUCCCCUUGUCUCUGCUAUUUCAGUGAAAUCUGAUUCCAAACCUUGCUCAAGUGGUGGAAAUAAGGGAACUACUCAAAUUGUCAUUGGGGCUGUAGUAGGAGCACUAUGCCUAGUAUUUCUUGUUUUAGGAAUCCUAUGGUGGAGAGGCAACUUACCAGGAAAACUGGGCAGAAAGAAAGAUGGACAAGAAUCUGAUCUCCAGAUGGGGAAUUUUACCUUAAAACAACUACAAGCUGCCACUAAUGACUUUGAUUACAUUAACAAAAUUGGAGAAGGUGGUUUUGGUCCUGUGUACAAGGGUCAAUUGCCUGAUGGCACAGUUAUAGCAGUGAAGCAGCUUUCCUCUAAAUCAAGGCAAGGAAAUCGUGAAUUUUUAAAUGAGAUGGGCAUGAUAUCUUGUUUACAACACCCGAAUCUUGUGAAACUUCAUGGAUGUUGUAUCGAAGGAGGUCAAUUAUUGCUGGUCUAUGAGUACUUGGAGAACAAUAACCUGGCUCGAGCUUUGUUUGGUCGAGGCACUCAGAUCAAAAUGGACUGGCCAACAAGGCAUAAGAUUUGUAUUGGGAUAGCAAGAGGACUUGCUUUUCUUCAUGAAGAAUCUGUAUUAAAAAUUGUUCACCGAGACAUCAAAGCAACUAAUGUGCUGCUUGAUGUGGACUUAAACCCUAAAAUAUCCGACUUUGGACUGGCAAAGCUUGAUGAAGAGGAGAAGACACACAUAAGCACUCGAGUUGCCGGGACCAUAGGGUACAUGGCACCGGAAUAUGCACUAUGGGGACACCUGACCUACAAAGCAGAUGUUUACAGUUUUGGAGUAGUGGCCCUGGAACUUAUUAGUGGGAAGAACAACAAUGCUUAUGUGUCAAAUGAUGAUUGUGUUUGUCUUUUAGAUUGGGCUUGUAAUUUGCAACAAUCUGGAAAGUUGUUGGAGCUAGUCGAUGAGAAGUUAGGGUCCGAGUUUGACAAAAAGGAAGCAGAGAUCAUGGUCAAAGUAGCUCUGAUAUGCACAAACGCCUCUGCUUCACUUAGGCCUAUCAUGUCUGAGGUGGUCAAAAUGCUUGAAGGACAAAAAGACGUUCCCGACGUGAUCCCAGAACCGAGUAGCUACAAGGAGGAUUUGAGGUUUAAGGCCAUGAGAGACCUCCAUCGCCAGAGGGGAACUGACAGUUCAACUAUGAGCCAAACACAAAUUACAGUCCAAACAUUCUGCUCCACCUCUACCAUUUCUGGCAUCGACUCCUAUGAAAUCAACCCAGAAUCAAUACCCACUUCGCAGAGGGGAUUAGAGAAUACCUACUCUACUUCGAUUUAUUCCGAUGUAUGCAGAUUGAUGUACUACUGCCCAAAAGCUUCAAUCUUUAUUCUCCCAGUCUUCAUCAUCAUGCUACCCAGAAGCAAAAGCCGCUUGCUUUUUAUAUUGCUCACUUUGUUAAGCUGUUUAUUCAGCUUGGUGAGAUCUCAGACUCAGCAAGUUCCCCAAGAUGAAAUUGAUGCUCUGGAAGAAAUUACUCGUACACUGGGUGCUAAGUUUUGGAAGUUUAAUGGUGGUUCUUGCCAAAUUGAAAUGGUUGGGGUAACUACGGAGCCGCCAAAGGAUGCUGAGAGUAGCAUUGAAUGUCAAUGCAACAGCACUGUCUGUCACGUCGUAAAGCUAGGCCUCAAGAGGUUUAGUCUACCUGGUACGCUUCCACCUCAACUGGCGAAACUACCUUACCUUAGAGAAAUUGAUUUGGUUUACAAUUAUCUUAGUGGUACAAUACCAGCAGAAUGGGGUUCAAUGCAAUUAACUUCAAUCUUUCUUCUUGUAAAUCGCUUAUCAGGGGAGAUUCCAGUGGAGCUGGCAAAUAUUACCACUCUCAGAUACCUGAGUCUUGAAGCAAAUCAAUUCUCUGGAGUUGUUCCUCCUCAGCUUGGGAGUUUAAUCAACUUGGAAAGUCUGAUAUUGUCCUCCAAUUAUUUGACUGGAAACAUACCAAAGACAUUCGCUGGGCUAAGAAAUCUAACAGACCUUAGGAUAAAUGAUAACAGCUUCAAUGGGACUAUACCUGAUUUUAUACAGAAUUGGAAACAACUCAAUAGAUUAGAAAUACAUGGGAGUGGGCUUCGUGGACCUAUCCCGUCAAACAUAUCUCUCCUGAGUAAUUUAGCUGAGUUGAGGAUUAGUGAUUUAAAUGGAACAGAGCAGGAUUUUCCUAUGUUGAAAAACAUGCCUGGCCUAGUCAGAUUGAUUCUGAGAAACUGUAACAUUUCUGGAGAGAUCCCUCCUUACCUAUGGACCCUGCAGAAACUGGAAAUGCUGGAUCUGAGUUUUAACAAGUUGAUAGGAGAAAUUCCAACCACAAUCAGCUUAAAGCGUUUGAGAUUCCUAUUCUUAACUGGCAACUCCUUGAGUGGAAGUGUACCAGACUCAAUCUUCAUAGAUGGAAGCAAUGUUGAUCUUUCGUACAAUAACUUCACAUGGCAAGGCCCUGAGCAACCUGCUUGUCAGGAGAACAAGAAUCUAAACCUGAACUUGUUUCGAAGCUCUUCAUCAGAGACUGACUUAAGGAGAGGUCUUCCGUGCUUGAAGAAUUUGAUUUGUCCUCGUUAUUCAACUUGUUUGCAUGUAAAUUGUGGUGGGAAUGACAUUACCGUCAAAGAAAAUAAAGAAAGCAUUUUGUAUCUAGGAGAUGGAGGAGUUGAAGGUGGCACUGCAAAGUAUUUCUUCAAGGAUGAUCACUAUUGGGGAUUUAGUAGCACCGGAGACUUCUUGGAUGACUAUGAUUUCCAAAAUACACGUUACUCCGUAUCUCUGGCAUCUUUGAAUCACUCUGAAUUAUAUAAAACGGCACGCAGAGCUCCAAUUUCAAUCACUUAUUUUCAUUAUUGCUUAGAAAAUGGUGACUAUACUCUAAAUCUGCACUUUGCAGAGAUACAGUUUACAAAUAACCAAACAUUUACAAGUCUUGGGAGGCGCAUAUUUGAUAUCUAUAUUCAGGAUAAACUAUGGUGGAAGGACUUCAAUAUUGAAGAUCAGGCCAAGUUGGCUGAAACUCCAGUAGUAAUACAACAUAAUAUCAGUGUGACAAAUAAUGUCUUAGAGAUCCGAUUCUAUUUUGCGGGUAAAGGGACAACCAGAAUUCCUGACAGAGGAGUUUAUGGUCCCCUUGUCUCUGCUAUUUCAGUGAAGUCUGAUUCCAAACCUUGCUCAAGUGGUGGAAAUAAGGGAACUACUCAAAUUGUCAUUGGGGUUGUAGUAGGAGCACUAUGCCUAGUAUUUCUUGUUUUAGGAAUCCUAUGGUGGAGAGGCAACUUACCAGGAAAACUGGGCAGACAGAAAGAUGGAAAUGAAUCUGAUACCCAGAUGGGGAAUUUCACCUUAGAACAACUACAAGCUGCCACUAACGACUUUGAUUACAAUAACAAAAUUGGAGAAGGUGGUUUUGGUCCUGUCUACAAGGGUCAAUUGCCUGAUGGUACGGUGAUAGCAGUGAAGCAGCUUUCCUCUAAAUCAAGGCAAGGAAAUCGUGAAUUUUUAAAUGAGAUGGGCAUGAUUUCUUGUUUACAACACCCGAAUCUUGUGAAACUUCAUGGAUGCUGUAUCGAAGGAGGUCAAUUAUUGCUGGUCUAUGAGUACUUGGAGAACAAUAACCUUGCUCGAGCUUUGUUUGGUCGAGACACUCGGAUCAAAAUGGACUGGCCAACAAGGCGUAAGAUUUGUAUUGGGAUAGCAAGAGGACUUGCUUUUCUUCAUGAAGAAUCUGUAUUAAAAAUUGUUCACCGAGACAUCAAAGCAACUAAUGUGCUGCUUGAUGUGGACUUAAACCCUAAAAUAUCCGACUUUGGACUAGCAAAGCUUGAUGAAGAGGAGAAGACACACAUAAGCACUCGAGUUGCCGGGACCGUAGGGUACAUGGCACCGGAAUAUGCACUAUGGGGUCACCUGACCUACAAAUCAGAUGUUUACAGUUUUGGAGUAGUGGCCCUGGAACUUAUUAGUGGGAAGAGCAACAAUGCUUAUAUGCCAAGUGAUGAUUGUGUUUGUCUUUUAGAUUGGGCUUGUCAUUUGCAACAAUCUGGAAAGUUGUUGGAGCUAGUCGAUGAGAAGUUAGGGUCCGAGUUUGACAAAAAGGAAGCAGAGAUCAUGGUCAAAGUAGCUCUGAUAUGCACAAACGCCUCUGCUUCACUUAGGCCUAUCAUGUCUGAGGUGGUCAAAAUGCUUGAAGGACAAAAAGAUGUUCCCGACGUGGUCCCGGAACCGAGUAGCUACAGGGAAGAUUUGAGGUUCAAGGCCAUGAGAGACCUCUAUCACCAGUCCAACUAUGAGCCAAAACAAAUGACAGUCCAAACAUUCUGCUCCACCUCUACCAUUUCUGGCAUUGACUCCUAUGAAAUCAACCCAGAAUCAAUACCCCCUUCGCAGAGGGUUUGUUGAUCAAUAGACACUUGAAAAGCCCUGAUGUUUGACUCCAUAGCAAACGACACCUAGCAAUAGUGAAGUAUGAGGUCAAGCUCUGGUAGUGAUGUGAAUACAAGAUAAAAGUGGAAGGUGAAUUUGAAUGGUAAGAUCACUAAUGUAUAAAGCAAACUAGAAAUGGAAAUUUGGUUGGUUUGAGA